UUCAUUCGUGGUAACCAAUUUGCAUAAGAUAUUUCGGAUCGUUGGAUUUAUUACAUGUUUCAUGAAAAAAAUGACUAAAUUAUGAGUAAUGAGGAACAGCAUAUACGUUAGUUUUAAUUCGCAAAGGUUUUGCCCAGAGAAGUUGUAAUACUUACCAGAAAAUAUUUUAAUCCAUUUUCCUUGCUUGUAUAAAUUCAAAAAUGAGUUGUGUUCGUUGCUGUUUAAUCAGUGCUGGUCGUAUAGCAUCUUCCAAUCAUGUGGCAAACCAUGUUCACAAAAUUGUAAGAGUGGCUGUAAUUAGAUCAUUAACGAUCAGCAGUACUCUAGGAAAAGCACCCACAGAACCGACUCCACCGGGUAAAGAUAGCAGCGGUGGAGUGUCCUCUGUUGGUAGUAAUGGAGGAAAAAAAAACACACUGACGUGCCCAAAAUGUGGUGAUCCUUGUACGCAUGUAGAAACAUUUGUAUCAUCAACGAGAUUCGUCAAGUGUGAAAAAUGCCAUCACUUUUUCGUUGUUUUAUCAGAGGUAGAUUCGAAAAGAAGCCUUAAGGAAGCUUUAAGAACAGAUGAUACAAAACAAGGAUUCUACAGAAAACCACCGCCACCGCCGAAAAAGAUAUUUGAGUACCUAAACAAACAUGUUGUAGGGCAAGAGUAUGCUAAAAAAGUUUUGAGCGUUGCCGUGUAUAAUCACUACAAACGAAUCUAUAAUAAUUUCCCAGUGCAGAAUUCAAUGCAAGGUUCUAUUAAUACUACUGGUACACAAGAUCUGAAUCAUCCCUUCACUCAUAGAGGUCUUAAACCACACCUAUUGCAUAUUUCGACCGUCGGAAAUUCGCUUGGUGUUGGAUUCCAACAGUUCCCUACAGGAAGUGAACAAAAGUCAACUGAUAAUCAGUCGUCUUCGGGAUCGGAUAUCUUAGACAGCAAGCAGCACCAAUUAAAAUUAGAGAAAAGUAAUAUUCUAUUGCUCGGGCCAACUGGUAGUGGAAAAACAUUACUCGCUCAAACAAUAGCUCAGUGUUUGGACGUGCCUUUCGCUAUUUGUGAUUGCACGACGUUGACACAAGCAGGAUACGUUGGUGAAGACAUAGAAAGCGUUAUAGCAAAAUUACUUCAAGAUGCUAAUUACGUAGUGGACAGGGCGCAAAUGGGUAUUGUAUUCUUAGACGAAGUGGAUAAAAUCGGUGCCGUUCCUGGUAUACAUCAAUUACGUGAUGUUGGCGGCGAAGGUGUUCAACAAGGAAUGUUAAAAAUGUUGGAGGGUACCAUUGUAAAUGUACCUGAAAGAAAUAGUUCUAGAAAAUUGCGUGGAGACACGUUACAAGUUGAUACUACAAAUAUUUUAUUCGUUGCUUCCGGUGCAUAUAAUGGGUUAGAUAGACUGAUCUCGCGACGUAAAACUGAAAAGUAUCUUGGAUUUGGUGCGACCCCUGCUUCGGAGAGUCCAGGUAGGAGAGCGGCGAAUUUGGCCGACGUUGCAAAUAUGACACCUUCUACAGAAAAGGAUAACCAAGAAAAAGAUCUUUUAUUAAAACAAGUGGAGGCAAGAGAUUUAAUUGAUUUCGGUAUGAUUCCCGAAUUUGUAGGCAGAUUUCCCGUUCUUGUACCUUUCCACACUCUAGAUAGGGAUAUGUUGGUUAGAAUAUUAACAGAGCCUCAGAACGCUAUGGUGCCACAGUAUCAAAUGUUAUUCUCGAUGGACAAGGUGGAAUUAACGUUUACUGCGGACGCCUUAAAUGCUAUAGCGUCAUUAGCGAUGGAAAAGAAAACAGGCGCGAGAGGACUUCGUGCAAUCAUGGAAUCAUUACUCUUAGAACCUAUGUUUGAAGUACCGGGUAGCGACGUAAUGUCCGUUCACGUAACGGAAGGCUGUGUACGAGGACAAGACAAGCCACAAUACGUUAAAAGGGGUGAUGUCACCGACGAGGAGUUGCAAGCUCAACAGAUACAAAAUUAACAAAUAAUUCAUAAAACGGGCACUCCACAAGUUUGACACAUCAUUUGGUUUUCUUUUUUAAAGAGCAAAUUAUUUGCGCAAACUGUUACGAUAUUUUCCAAUACGAAGUGAAUUAUAAACAGUUUCCCUUUCGUUCUAGAAUUUCUUUUCAGUUUUAAGAAAAUAACACUAUAAUGUGGUGAAUCACGCCGUGAAAAGACUCGAUACAAAAGAGAUUGGGAGAACUUUGCAGUUCUACAAAUAGCAUAUAUUCUGUAAAAAUAUGUAUAAACAAAAAUGUGUAUAUACAUAAAGUCCUUAUCUGAGUUUUCACUUACCAAAAAAGUGAACAAAAUUUUAAUUGCAGGUAGAGUAUACAGUCGUUUAGACUAGAAAUAUUUUGACCGCCUACUCGAAGGUAACACGAACAUUUCUGUCUUUUAUAAUUCUAAUAUUUGUUCGUUAUUGUAUUAUAACAAGCAACAAAGAAAAAAAAAAGAAAAACGAAAUCAGUCUUGCGAAUUAUAUUGUGUAACAUAUGCUAAGGAUAAAGUUCCUACGUUACACGAAAUAAUUGCAACUUAUUAGCAAAAGUUUCAAACAGCUAGUACAAAACUCAUUGUGUACUAACGCAUGUUAUUAUGUGUGUGUAUAUAUAUAUAUCUAUCAGAAGUGGAAAUGUUCUGUAAAAUACUUCGAUUCGAUAACAUUUCUAAAUAACUAAUAAAUAACAUUUGAACAAAAAUUUAGGAAAAUAUCAAGUUAUAUAAAACAUACAUUUGCUUUUAAAACCAAGGAUGACGUUAUGUUAAUGAAUAGAACAAGAAUUUUUGUAACGUAUUAAAUAAAUUAAGAAAAAUAAUCGAAUAAAUAGAAGUUAAAAAAUGUAUACGUUUUACAAAAGUAAUGGUAAAAACUUAUUAGAGAUGAAAUACUUUCUGGUCAAUUAUUUUAUUUUAUUUUAUUUUAUCUUAUUUUACAAAUACGCAAUAGAUAUAAUUGAAAGGCUGUGUAAUAUACGAUGCAAGUUAGAAAGAUGUGCAAGUGUAAAACUGUAACCGAUUGUUACUGAAAGUAAUUUGAUUUAGUGAUAUAUCGAAAGUAACGGCAGACGAACUAAAAUACUUUCAACGACUCCUUAACUUGCAUCUUUACGGCGUUUUUAAUUUCUACAACGUAAAUAUUCUACAUAAAAUAAUAUGUACAUGUCAUCCUAAAAAAAUGUUUAGAACAAAUAAACUGUUUUUUAUAUAUA